UGGAGAGUUUACUCAGUUUGCUGAACAACAAUUUGGCCAAAAUGUUUCACUGGACAUGUGGUGAUAUACGUAGUCACAUGUAUGCAGCAGUUAUUGUUUGUACCGUAAGAGAUUGAAUGAGAAUUUGUUUAUUUGUAUACAAAGGAACAUACAGUUGACAAUUAUUGACGACACACAAUAGGCGGCUAAUUGGUAGUUAUUCCACUCAAAAGUCAUCAUGCAGCACACGCACUUUGAACCAAGUGGCUACCAGGCCGGACUUUACAGCGGAUCGCCUUCUUAUGACGGAUCUUCUAUAAAACUUCAUCAUGGACACUUUCAGGAAACUCCGGAAACUUGUUAUAACUCUUUCCUCUCUCCGACAUCCUCGCCGGGAAAUUACAUUUCCCGGGAACCUCCGUCGUACGCAGAGUCUACGUUACUUCAUGGUGGAUUCGUACCCAAUGGCAAUAGUGCCUAUUACAAAAUGCCAAGUGGGCGACAAAUGGACAUAGGCGAUUACGGUCUACAGCGGAGUUCAGGACGUCUAUUGACCAAAUCGGACAUUCUUGACAAUAGUCAUUCCGCCCAUGGGUUGGACCAAAUUCAUCCCCGAUAUGACGCGUUGGGAGGGGGUUCAAAUGUGGUUGGAGGAGGAGAAACAGAAGGGAGGCUUCCCGACAGUGGAUUGAACAAUCAUCACGAGGAAGUACAGCACAUAAAACUAGAGACAAACCAUGACUAUAAACAAGAUAUUCAAACAAUGCCUCAACAGCGAUUGUCUCCAGGAAUCACAGAACCGGAAAUCCCACAGGAAACCAAGGACGAAACAUUGAAGGUAGAAAAGGAAAUAGAACCGAUAGACAUAGCUGAUCCGUCAAAAGGGCACGACGAGAAGGCGCAUGGAAACGCUGACGUCAAACCGGCGCUCUCUUAUAUAGCGCUCAUAGCCAAAGCAAUAUUGGAGUCAGCGCAAAAGCGCCUUAGUCUGGGCUCUAUAUAUUCAUGGAUAGAGAAAAAUUACCCGUAUUACUUGAAUAGAGGACAAGGUUGGCGCAAUAGUGUCCGACAUAAUUUAUCUUUAAACGAUUGUUUUAUCAAAGCAGGGCGCUGUGAGGACGGUAAGGGCAAUUACUGGGCCAUACAUCCCGCGAAUAUCCAGGACUUUAUGAGGGGCGACUUCCGACAGAGAAGGCGCUCCCGUCGUAGGGGUCGCAAGAAGGAUUGUGACCUUGGUAUGUAUCAUAUGACCAACGGUUAUGCGCCACUUGCGCCCAGUGUUCCCUUCAGUCCGUCUACGGCGCCAUUCAGUUCCAUUUAUUCUCCAUAUACUGAUGCUGAGCGCCGAGCAUAUCGACUAGACGAGGCGCUUUUGCGCCAGAGUAUGAACAAUCCCUUCAUGAAAUGGUACCACAAUGGUGUUCCGAAUGGCAGCUACAACUCUCCACAGAAUACAGGCUGUAACUCAACAAUGUAUCCAAACUCCCCAACGUCGCAAUGGCAGGGGUAUGGGGACCAAAGCUACCAGCUCAACCCUUCAUUGUCUAGGAACUAUUCGACAACCACUUUGGUGUAAGCCCCAGGGUGCUUCAGUGAGAGAGACGCCCUCGGCCCCUUUCGGGAACGAUCGGGAAGCAAGUUGGACAGAUUACGGGAUUAAAGGCGCUUGACGCCUGGCGCCGUGUGUCAGUCCCGCGAGGAACGAUGUGCGUUUGUGUGUUGAAGACCAAUCUCGGAUGACGAGAGGAACGUUUCCUGAGACUUGGGAUGAGUGUUUGUCUUGAUAUUACAUUAUCUGAGCUUCAGUGUACAGUGACGACGAGGAUGUCAUAAUUCCGUUCUGAGAAAGACUUUCCAGAAGACUUCGUAUUUCUUAACCAAUUCAAAUGACUGAUCUAGCGCAUGCCUGAUAACUUUUUCUUUGUGGUUCAAGGAAUAUUCAAUACCAUGGGUAGCGAUUUUUUCAGCAUUUAUUGUUAAUGACAAAUUAAACAUAUCAGUGUGACAAAUUAAUCCACAAUUAUUCGUACUGUCAAAUACCGAUUAACUGUCUUAGAUACAUAGCUUUUUAUUUCAUUUACAAUUAAAAUCCUCUACUUCGAAUGUUUUGGGGACAAUCGCGAAGUUAAGAACAAAUUUAAUCAACUUAUAUCAUAAAAUUCGGUUCCAUAAAAUAAUUAAUGUAUGUUAGAAGUUGUUCGAAUGAUACUACUCCUGUCUUUUGGAAUAUGUCUGUCGAUGUUGUAAUAGAAACGAUUUCAUAAAAGGCAGAUUUUAUAUUUAGACUUUAAUGUUUAUGUAUGGACAUCAUUGAACUAGAUUUGGAAAAAAAGAAACUUUGAAUCUGUUUUUCUUUCUUCUAAUUAUCAGCGAUCGUGUUGAAGCAUCGACAAUAAUGUUUUUCGAAAAGUUUAUUUUUUUGUUACAAAAAAUCUUUGGUUAAAAUCAAACUGGUUGCGUAUUACUUAUAUGUCUGAAAGAGACUUUGUAAAGUAGUUGGCAAAUACAUCUUAUAUUUGAUGUGUUAUCUUGCAUCGAGCGAGAGAAGGUUCAAAUUUAAUUCAAACACACAAAAGAAGAAUUAUAAUUGAAGAACCAACGUGAAUGUUAGUCGUUUGUGUCAGUAGAUCGACUUGGGAGGCGGUGCUGGUAGCGAAGGUGUCAAGCUUCUGAUCGACAAUGGCCACUUUUUGAAGGAAGUCAAGGUUUUGAUUGACAGUGACCACUUAUAUAUUACGCUAUCUUUGUAUCAGUGGCGAUAAGUGGCGGUUAAAAUUGAAGGGAACUUCUAACAAACGAUCCAGAGUUCAGAGAGUAACUUCUUAACUCUUCAGAAGGCCUGUAUUCAGCAAGUGAGUCACACAUAAUGUACACACAUUUAUGUAUCAGUUUCAGCCGUCUCAGAAACGUCUGCUUUUUUACGAAGCUCUCUAUGUCGCUAGGACAGAUAGUAUUUAAGACAGUUGCUAUGCAACGCGUGCCAUGUCUUAUUCUAUCACCAUCACCUCCUCCCCUCUCCUUCCUCGUUUCUACUUCUGUCCCAGACCUGCAGAUCCCGACCGUGGGACAAUGUUCCAGAGGUCCCCCCGUGUUGGUUCGUCAGGAAUGUGUAACAGUCCAUUGUGAGAACAAAUGACAUCGUUGAGCAAUAUGGGUCGAUGGCAUACUACUGAAUUGGUCACCGAGUGCCGACGCGCUUAGCGACCGACCCUUACUAUAGGAAUCCACUUUUACUUUCGGGUGCAAAUAAAACAAUAGCAAAGUGUAGUGGACAUAGAGUAUAGCUAGACCUGGUGUGUGAUUGCGAAGUACUUCAAACGAACUAGGGACACACAAUUCUCUGAUAUGAUUUGAGAACUUCCCAUUAAAUUGACAUCCAUUUUAAUUAAGUUUGAGAUAUUUAUACCAGAUGGUUAAAUUGUGUUAAUUGAUUGAAUCAAAUUCAUGUCCAUUUUUCUAUUUAAACAAUACCAUCCUCGAACAUGUUAUAUAUUUGUACCAGGUGGUUGGUUUAAUGUGUUUUCCGAGUGCUCUGUUUUUGUAAUAAUCAAAGUUAAGAUUCUUAUGAAAUAUCAAUAUUUUAUUUGUUAAUUUUUCACUUUUUGUAAAAAAAAAUUAACAUUAUCAUCAAUAAGUUUUGCUGUAAUUUUAACCUUUGUGUUUAUAUUUACACAACUCUCUUUAUCUAUUGUUCUGAAAUGAAGCGUUAAAUGCUAUAAUGACUUCUUCUCAUUGUAUGAUCAGAUAUAAGGACCAAAAACAAUUAAGUUAUUGGUAGUUUGGCUAUGAGUGUGAGCAUAUUCAUAACAAUAGAAAUCUCCCAUUAUUUCCAAAUGAAAUCUUUUUUCAGACUGAAUCAUUGGUAUACUAUACAGGCUGUAUCUCUUAUUUUCUGUCGUCUUCUUAUUUCAAAAUUAUCAAAUUAAUUGUUUAUUGUUGCAAAUAAAUCUCUCUAGGGUGUAUGAAGACAAUGUAGAUUUCUCAAGCUGAUAAUUGGACAAGAAAUGUGUGCUUCAUAGAGAAACAAGAGAGAUCGUGUGUGUCUGAAAUAAGUCAUUACGAUUUUAGAAAUUAGGUUAUGGUAUUCCUCGUAAAGGUAUGUAGGCAGCAUACUGUUUGAAGAGUUGAAUGGCUUUGCGUAAGAGGAAGGAAUGUAUUUAGUUUUUGUUCCUUAUGUAAGUAUAGUGCAUCUGACGAACGGAGUGUAUUUCAAACUUCACAGAUCUGGAGUUGUAUGUACAUAUAUUGUAAAUAUUUUUGUUUCUUGUAAUAAAUUAUUGACAUGUUUAUGCAAACCUCUUGAAGUAAACAAGAAAAUAUAACAUGUUUUUAUUUAUUGAUAACAUGAUUAAUUGAAAUAAAAUAUUGCAAU